UGGGAAGUAAGUUGCACACCCUUGAAUACCGUCUAACUUGCUUAAGGCCUUUAACUUCUCCUAGCGUAUAGGUCAUCGGUGGGAGUCUUUUGACGUUCCCUGCCCUGCGCCACCAUAUCCUACUGUCUUCGUUGUAAUAAUGUUUUUAUAGCAUGUUCGUAAAUGGUCCUUACGUCCCAUGUCUCGAUGUGUAGUGUGUCGUCAAGAUAACAUACGUUUAUCGAGACAUUUGAAGAAGAUUGUUUGUGUAACAUUAGGGUAUUAGUAUGCACAACGGACCUAUAUUUUCGUUUCGGUAACUUGUCACGUGCUUGAGUACAGCGGCGUAUAUCGCUGGCUACAUAUUAUACUGCUGUCAGCCGCUGUUCUUCCACCAUCUUUCUUUGUCGUGGUGUGGACUGAGUUUGUUAGUGCAAAAAAUCAUUAUUUGUUGACCAUUCAGCUCUCAGUUGAUCUUUGGAAAGAAUUAAGUACCUGUCUGAAGAUAUUUGUUGAAUUUCUGGCCUAAGAGAGUUUUCUAAAGCCGAAAAAUAUUCAUGAAAAUACUUUGUUUACUUGUGGAAGCAGAUUUCGAAGACAGCUGAUGUGGAUCUACAGAUAUCAUGUCAAAUGAGACUUUGUGGAGCGACCAAUCUUCGGAACAAGACUCAACUCCCGCUCCCAUCUUAGAGAGCACAUUAUUAGGAGGAGCAGACGACCAUGUCAUCGUUAAAUUACUGACGACCAACAACACUGCUUCUUCGAAUGGAAGCGAAGUUUUGACGAAGCUUCUUACGGGGUCCUCUACCCCGGCUGCGAUAAGUGUUGGAACCACCAUCUUAGUAACUAGUAACGUCCAGUCUCAAGGCCUGCGAAAAAUCGAGCCCAAACCGGCAGAUUCUGGAGAGGUCAUUGAAAAGGUUGAAGCGGACAGCGAUUCCAACGCGUAUGGAAGACUUUUGGGUAUAAAUGCUACAAGAAGAGGAGUCAAGACAUGUCAACUCUGCAUGAAGAAGAUUGGUUAUCGAUCAAAACAGUGCAAGUUUUGUAGUCCCAGCAAGCAAAGAAAGAGAUCAAGAAAAUCUCAGCAAAAUAAAGAAUCCAGCAACGAUGAGGAAAAAGGCACUGUCAGUAUAGAGUUGGAUACUAUGAAUGUCGAUGUUGUAGUGAUGGAAAGUGAAACUGAGAUAGCCACAUCUGAGAUCUUGAACACUGCAGAAGAUGCUUCAAAGCAAGUUGUGGAAGAUUCUGAACUAGCUACAACAGCAUCUUAUGAAGAAGAAUGCCAACAGAAUAUAGCAUCUGUUGUUGAUGGUGUAGAAUCAGAACCAGCUCCACAAAAUGACAGUGAACAAGUGAUUGGGAAAAAGAAUUACCACACAAGUCUGCAGGAUUUAAUCCACACUCUCCUUGUACAAAAUCAAAACAGCAGUGUCUACAUCGCACCAGACCAUCAGGUGGAAGCUGAUAAACUGGGUAUGGAACAGCAAAAUUGUAAUUCACAGGGAGGACAAGAUGGUGACGAAGAGAUUGAACAGCAGCAAGAACAGACACAAGUAUCCACUGGCCCACUGGGCAGUCCUGAUAAUGCUUAUGACGCAAAUUCUGUUGCAUUGUUCUUGGGUCAUCUUGCACAGCAGAAUGGCAAGAAAAUAAGAACUGCAUUAAACCCAGUGACUGAUAACACUCAGCCUGGCACAAGUUCGUCAAGUCUGAUAGGAGUCAAAACAAAACAUAUUGUUAUCGAGGAUGACAUGUCUAGCCAGGCAAAGUACAGGAAAAUAAGACCAAAGUCAUUUGAUGAAGGCCAAGCUGUUCUAGAAAUUCAGUCAAGUGUGGCAUCAGCUGUUGAGGAAGAGAUGGCUGACAGUGUUGUUGAAGUGAAGCCUACAGACUCCCAGCUAAGAAUGCUUCCUGGAAAUGCUACCAGAAGAGGAGUGAUGCCUUGCCAGAAGUGUCAGUGUCUUAUUGGCUGCCGCUCUAAAGUAUGCAAGCACUGCAAGUUUCUGUUAAACGAGUCUAAUCCUCCAUUCAAACGGAACAGGAAGCAUUUGCGACAAGCAAUUCAGCUUCACAUCCCAUCAAACUCAACAGUGUCUGUGUUCUCUGUAAGAAGAAGCAAGGCUGGACCAGAUCACAGGUGCUUUGUUUGGUGCGAAAGAAAUGACCCAGAAAACAGAAUGCGAGAUGUUUAUUCAUGUGACUACCCUCCCUGUGUAACAGCAAGGGAACUGGGUAACAAGCCUAUGUCCUUCUUAUGUGAACACGCAAAGAUUUCCCGUACUCAGGGAUUGACAAAUAAUUCAAUAGUGCUUGAACUCAAUGAAGAGAAGUUAACAAGUGAAUAUUUCUCUGAGGAGGUGUGCAACUCAUUAAAGGAAUUGAACAGGCAAUGCAAUAGCAAAAGUGUUCCUCUCGUGCAAGGCGUGUCAGACAGGACUUUUGUUGUUGUUGAUCAACUUCACACAGAUCAGGGCAGUAGCCUAGCAACUGAUCUCAUUGGGUUUGUCCAUGUGCGAUUUGAAAGAACCAAAGUCAGUGGCUCUUGGCAGACUCAAGUGUUUUGCUCCGGGAGACCUUGUACAGCCUGGAACCCUAUCUUCAGUUGUGUCACCAAUAAGAACACAUCUCUUCCAACUGUGCUGCGAUCAGUGAACUGUAUUCACUACUCAGCGUGUCUGUGGGGGAUAAUCUCUGAUGAGAAACUUGUGCAGGAAUUUGAACCAUAUCUCGAAGGUGCUAAAGCUAAAGUAAAUAGUGAUGUUCCUUGAACAUCCAUACCUUUUACAUGUGCAUGUAAAUUGCUUUUCAAAGGGUUUGUGCAUAGUGUCUGGAAACAGCAUGGUAGUAUGACAUGUUUUUCCAGACAGCUUUGUCCAAUCUUCAGCAUGUCUUAGGUCUGUGAAUUAACCUUUUCCUCUCUGAAAGCCUUGAGUCAUGUGUAGUUAGUUGGGUUUUUCCAAUGUUCAACUCUAUCAGUUGUGGUAUAUUGUGAAGUAACGCACUCUAGACUUGAAUCAUGUACCUUUUAAUGUUGUAAUUUUCUAAAAAGAAUACUCUGAGAGAAAAGUGAAACAUAUUGGCAGUAACAUUUGGAGAGAAAGUGCAGGUUGUUGUCGGCUAUUUAUGACUUUGUGAUUUAUUGACAACUUUGGGUGAGAAUAAAUAGGCCAGGCCACUUUUAUUAUUGUUCAUGUUUGGAACGUUUUGUUUUGUAAAUCAAUUAGCAACAAGCCAAAGCUAUAUUGUGGAGUUAAAGACUCCGGACUUAAGUCUUGUAUCUUUUAAUGUUGUAAUUUUCUAAAAAGAAUGCUCUAAGAGAAAAACGAAACAUUUCAUCAGUAAUAUCUGGAGAGAAAGUGUAGGUAGUUGUCAGCUAUUUAUGACUUUGUGAUUUAUUGACAACUUUGGAUGAGAAUAAAUAGGCCAGGCUGCUUUUAUUUCUGUUCAUGUUUGAAACAGGCCUGUUCAGUUUGAACAGGCUGCUUUUAUUACUGUUCAUGUUUGUAAAUUUCCUCUUCACACUGUCUGCAUGUUGUGGUUGUAUUGUCUGGUACUGUUGUAUUUUUGGUAGACUACUGAUAAUAAUUAUCUAGUGUUACAAUGAGAAAUUUGUUCAGCAACAAAACCAGUUCAUCUCAGAUAGAUGGUGUUACUUGAGGACAGUAAGCUUGACCUUGAUGUGCUUUAGCAUAAUGAAGAUGGUUGUCUAUCAUACUAUUUAUAGAUCGUUUUCACAUGACGUCAUCAUUUUCUAAAAUCGAAAACUAAAGAGCCACAAAAGUUUUUAUCCCCAUCAGGCAUAAGAGGGGGUAAAUUAUUGUUAACAAUUUUACAGCUCAAUAGUGUGCUUGUUUGGAAAACAGGGUAUUUUUGGAUUUCAGAAUUAUGGUGGUGCGUGACACAAAGCUACGAUCGCAUUUGUCGAAAAAUAUAUACCUAUCUCAUGAUUUUUAGCUUUUUUAGAAGUUAGACAUAGACCAAAAACGUUGAGAAGUAUCUUCUUUAUUUAUUUCCUAGAAUAUCACAAUUUCUUGACUUUAUCCACUGAAUGGUUUUCGAUUUAUUUUUUUAUUGUGUGACAGUGAAAACAAUCUAUAGAUGUCAGCUUGAAAUUGGGUUACAUAAUAAAUCAUUUACAUGUUUGCCAAUGAAUUGUUGAUUGUGCAAUUGGUAAUAGAUUUUUACCACACAAUAAAUGAUUCUUGUUGAGAUGA